AUGAUUAUCAUCAGAGACGACUUGGAGGAAAUUGAAAGGUUGAAAACAAACUUGGCUUCCGAAUUUGAAAUGAUGAACUUGGGAUAUCUGAAGUAUUUUUUGGGAAUUGAAGUAAAGAGAUCAAGUCAAGGUAUCUUCAUCAAUCCGAAGAAGUAUAUCCUAGAUCUUCUGGCAGAAACAAGAUUGAUGGAUUGCAAGCGUGCUGAUACACCCAUUGCAGUAAAUCACGGCUUGCAAAUCAUAAAGGGAACAUCAUUGGCAGAUCGUGGAAAAUAUCAAUGUCUAGUCGGGAAGUUAAUUUACUUAUCAUAUACUAGACCAGAUAUUGCUUAUGCGGUUAGUGUAGUAAGUCAGUUUAUGCAUCAUCCCCAAAACGACCACGUGGAAGCAGCACUGAGGAUUGUGAAGUAUCUAAAAGGUACUUUUGAUCAUGGAGUUAUGUUCAAAAGAAACAACCAUUUAGAAAUUCACGGUUACACAGACGCAGAUUGGGCUGGAAAUCCCGCCGACAGAAGAUCUACUGUCGGAUACCUCACAUUCAUUGGUGGAAAUUUAGUUUCAUGGAAAAGUAAGAAACAAAAGGUGGUGGCGCUCUCAAGUGCAGAAGCCGAAUUCAAAGGAAUUAGAAGUGGUUUGACCGAAAGAUCAACUGACAGAUAUUUUAACCAAGGCUGUGGGCACAAAGAAUUUCCGAGAAGUCCUUGA